AUGUUAAACGUCGUGCGGUUAGGUCUUGUGAGUGUAGCCCUGAUUGCACAAGUGAUCCGGGGAUGUCCGAAUGGCUGGGAAACGUUUGAUGGAUCCUGCUAUUUUGUGUCAGACUUGUUGGAAGAUUGGCCUACGGCAUCGACCACAUGUGGAUUGUAUCAUGCUUAUCUUGCUGAAAUAGAAGACGCAAACGAGGAAAAUUUCCUAAAACAGAUAGUCUCCAAAUUCCAUGAUGGACACUUACAUGAUUACGACUAUUGGUUGGGGGCAACCGACACGUUUGUGGAGGGUGACUGGCGAUGGAUGAACAGUGGCCAACGUCUUACUUAUACACACUGGCUUCCGGACGAGCCAAACGGUUACCAUACACAGGAUUGUAUGAUAAUACGCAUUUUCGGUGCAAAUAAUUAUCAUUGGGAUGAUCGGGAGUGCACUGAAAAACUUAAUUUCAUUUGCGAGAUCGGUGCUGGAUCUGGAGCAAUCGUGAUUGGCUGAAACUGUUUACGACAUUUCAUUUGUUUUGUUUGUGUUAAUAUUUCUUCUGUUUUGAAAUAAAUAUAUGAUGAUAAUAAGA